AUGAGGAAAAGAUACAUCCAAGUGGCACAUAAUGGGAUUCUACUGAUUCCCGUCCCAAAUGCUCACAGCUCUGCAAAAGCAAUACCUGGGAUCGCGCCUCCUUUGACCACAACGUCUUGGGCACACUCAACAGAUUUGCAAUUCUCCCAGGGGGCAGUGUCGGGCCGUCUAGACCAUGACUUUCAUGACGACGACAAUCUGUUACCCUCGGAAGUAUACGGGGUUGUGACAAAAACAAGGAAUGAAUGGACACAUAUUUGUGGCACGUCAACCUGGCGGGCAGACUGGCCUGCCAGGAUUGUUGAAGUCCACGCCCUUGAAAAUGGCAGUGCCACGCUGAGGCCCUCCAGAGCCCCCAAAAAGGCAACCGAAUCUCAGAAGGAAAGAUCUGGACCCAUUGGCACCAAAAAAAUCAGCUACGAUGGUUGGAGAGCAAAUCAGCCAUAUCCUCAUCCACAUCGUGCAUUCUGA